GGUGAACAAGGUCCACCUCCAUCCCACCACCAUGUCCUGCUUCGAUCUGUGCCGUCCCUGUGGCCCGACCCCACUGGCCAACAGCUGCAACGAGGCCUGUGUGCGCCAGUGCCAGGACUCCCGGGUGGUGAUCCAGCCCUCUCCCGUGGUGGUCACCCUGCCUGGACCCAUCCUCAGCUCCUUCCCCCAGAACACCGCUGUGGGCUCCAGCACCUCUGCUGCUGUUGGCAGCAUCCUGAGUGAGGAGGGAGUGCCCAUCUCCUCCGGUGGCUUUGGCAUCUCUGGCCUGGGCAGCCGCUUCUCUGGCAGGAGGUGUCUGCCCUGCUAAGGAUGAGGUGGACGCCCCAUGAACCCAUUGCCCAGAAAGCCAGGUGACAGACUGGGGACGAAGCUGCUAGCCAGUAUUUCCAGUUGGAUGAGCACUCUUUGUGCCCUGCCGCAAAGCAGAGAGGGAUGCUAGGGUGGCUGUUUCUGCUUUCUGGAAACAUGACCAGCAGAUAUCUUCUCCCACUUUCUUGUCAUCAUCACACAUCCUAGUUGUUUCCUGCUGUCCCGUACAUGGGUUCAUCCUGAAGCAAGUUGAGAUGGAGCUGCUUCCUUCCUGUCGCGCCAUGUGAUGGAGAAAAAUGUGCUUCUCAUUGUGGUGAAUGUGUGUCUGAGUACCCGCUGCCCUCAUAUCAGCGUGGGCCAGAUCCCUUUCAGAAUACGUUGCUUCGUUUCCAUCUUCAAACCCAAUAAAUUUUAUGUUGCAUUC